CGAAAAAAGAAAAAGAAAAUCACGGCGAUGGAUUGUUGUGGGCUUUGUGGUUGUUGCAGCGGCGGUGAAUUUUCCAGAGCUUCAAGCAAAAAUCAAACAAAGACAAAUGAUAUUGAAAACACACAACUCUGUGUCUCAAUCCCUCAAAAAUCUAUUCAUGAUUUCACCGUCAAGGAUAGCAAGGGUAAGGACGUGGAUCUCAGCAUCUACAAAGGAAAAGUUCUUCUUGUCGUCAAUGUUGCUUCCAAAUGUGGUUUUACAGAUUCCAAUUAUAUCCAUUUGACUGAACUUUACAACAAGUACAAGGAUAAAGCAUUUGAGAUCUUGGCCUUUCCAUGCAAUCAGUUCUUGCAUCAAGAGCCUGGUACAAGUGCGGAGGCAGAGCUAUUUGCAUGUACAAGAUACAAGGCGGAAUAUCCAAUUUUCCACAAGCUAUGCGUUAAUGGGCCACGUACAGCACCUAUCUACAAAUUUCUCAAAGCAAGUAAAGGAGCAGGUAGAAGUGGAUUUCUUGGGCCUAGGAUCAAAUGGAACUUCACCAAGUUUUUAGUUGAUAAGGAAGGUGAAGUCAUCCGCCGCUAUGGCACAACCACCUCUGUGUUUGCUAUUGAGGUCUCUCUCUCUCCUGCAUUUGUAUGUUUGUGUGUGUGUCUCCCAUUAUUUAUUCUGUUAAUACUGUUCUUGCCCUGCUUUUGGAUUUUCUAAUGCAGCCAGACAUUCAGAAAGCAUUGGGAGAGGUUUGAUGGACUUUUUGUGUGUAGAUUUGGUGUAAAAUUGAUUCAGCGGCGAACAUAAAUACUGCUGUACAAAGAAAGAUAUCGGUCUUGUAUAUGGGGUUAAUUAUCCCAAGUUUGUUCUCAUUUCAAGUAUUGCUUUUGCUAAUACUGAAGAUGUUACCAGUUUAAAUUGUUUUUCUCUACUCUGUUAGAUUACUGGCACAGGCUGUGAUUUGUAUACUUGAAGUUACUUACUGAAGUGUAACUAAUUUUUUUUUAAAUUUUUUUUCAU